AUGGGAUUUAUGGUGCCCUACAAAGCUAUUUUAGCUCAUGGACUAUCACAGACCGCAAGAUAUAUCAGAUUUACAACCGGUCCAAACAAGCGUAUGAGCUCCAACAACAAGUAUGUUAGGGAAUACAUCAUUCCAUGUUCUAUUUCUGUAGUUUAA